UCAUUAAUAUUUUAGAACCGGAUACUCAUGGUCAUUGGUCAGACUGCAGUGCAGCACUUUGAUAAGAAGCUGACGAAAUCUCAGAAAACUAUCACACUGCCACCGCCCUACUGAAGAUCAGCAGAGCAGCUCAGGUGGGACGCAGGAAAGGCGAAAAGGGUCUCUGAAACUUCCCCAUUUUUACACAACUAGCAUGGAUGUCUUCAAGAAAGGUUUCUCCAUGGCUAAGGAAGGUGUGGUGGCUGCCGCAGAGAAAACCAAGCAGGGUGUGACUGAGGCUGCAGAGAAGACCAAGGAGGGGGUCAUGUACGUAGGUGCCAAGACCAAGGAAGGUGUGGUGCACAGUGUCAGCACAGUUGCCGAAAAGACCAAAGAGCAGGCUCAUGUAGUGGGAGGAGCUGUGGUUACUGGCGUAAAUCAAGUUGCCACGAAGACGGUAGAAGGAGCAGAAAAUGUUGUAACUGCAACCGGUGUUGUAAGCAAGGACGACCUUGCCCGUCCAGGCGAAGCUGCUACAGAAGAACCAUCUAUGGAAGCCACAGAAGAGGCUGAGCAGGCCAUUGAAGGUGAAAAUUAGUCAACUGUCCAUAUUUUCUGCUGAAAAUCCUUGAAGAUUUUAUUUAUGAACACAGCAGGGAAGCCAUAAAGGCAACAAAAGGCACCCACUAUCCAUUGUACAGUUCAUCAUGUAUCUGUAAAGAUUCAAAGCAUUAUGUGUUCAGCUAAACGAGUCAGCUCUUUAUACCUCAAUCACCACACAUUGUUUUUUUUUCUGAAAUGUUGAGUUAAUUUUAGUUUACUUCCCAUAAUGUCUUGUUACUCAAAUCCUAUUAAGUUUGUAUUGUCUUUUAAACCAAAUAAUGGCUUUAAUUAUAUGCUGGGAAGUUUGAUGUCUAA